GGAUAACGGGGACAACAUUUAGUGCAAAGAGAGUCUUCAAGAGAGGGCUCUUAAAAAUAGCGGAGUCAGGGGAUAUGGGGAGAAGGCAGGAACGGGGUACUGAUUGGGAAUGAUCAGCCAUGAUCACAUUGAAUGGCGGUGCUGGCUCGUAGGGCCGAAUGGCCUACUCCUGCACCUAUUGUCUAUUGUCAAAGAUGUAAUGUUGAAGUCUGAUAACAUUCUAAAGUCUCCAAGGAGGUAGAUGGGAGGCGAGGGCCGCACCCUAGCUGAUGAGAGGCAGUUGCCCGAUAACAGCUGGGAAGAAACUGUCCCUCAAUCUGGAGGUGUGCGUUUUCAAACUUCUGAACCUCCUGCCUAAUGGAAGAGGGGAGAAGAGGGAGUGACUGGGGUGAGACUGGUCCUUGAUUGUGCUAACCAAACAGAUCAGAUAAUACUCCACAUAAAUACAUUCAAGUCAAACUCAUGUACAUUAGGUUGAGUGAAGGGGAAGAUACAGAGUGCAGAAUAUAGUUCUCAGCAUUGGGGUGCAUCAGUUCCAUAGACAAAGUCAAAUGUUCUCAAUGGGGUAGAGGUGAAUCAGACAGUAUCCUAAGUCAAGUCAAGUCUAGUUUAUUCGUCACAUAUACAUACGAGAUGUGCAGUGAAAUGAAAAGUGGCACAAAAACCACACAACAGAAUGGAACAGAAUCGCAUAUUAUAUAUUUGUGGGAGGAUUAUAGAAGGACUGUUCAGAAGCCCGAUAACAGAGGAGAAGAAACUAUUCCUGUGUCUAGUGUUGCGCUCGUUUAAGCUUCGCUACUUUCCGCCAGACAGGAGAUGACUAUAUUAAUUCUUUGCAACAUCUGCAUUGUUCUAGUGAUCCCACAACGUAACGUGCUGAUGUGAGAUGGCGGAACACCCGGUCCAGGUGUUUGCGUACGGCUUGCUCGUGAGCUGCGGGAUUUUGGGGAACGCCGUAGUCAUCUGGAUCGCGGCCGACUCCAGCCGGGAGAACCGCUACCUGGCCUCCUCCGACCUCAUCCUGAUGAACAUUGCCGUGGCCAACCUGCUGCUGUCCCUCACCAGGAACACCCUGCUCCUCUUCUUCGACGCUGGCUACUCCGUCUCUUUCACCGAUGUGGGGUGCCGGAUGAUGAUGUUCGUCUGGACUUGGCUGAGGUCGGCUAGCAUCUGGGUCACCCUCAGCCUCAGCAUCUUCCACUUUGUCACCAUCAGGGCGAGCCGCACCGUGCUGCAGAAGCUGAACGAGAGGAACAAGAUUGCAAAAGCCAUGGCGAUCGAGUGGGCUCUGAGCUUUGUCUACUCCAGCUUUGCCCUGCGCUACUCAUCCAACACAAAGACUAACAGCACCAAUAAUCUAAUGUUGAUCAGCAGUACCAUUAGGCCACUGCUUGGCUGUGUGUGGGCAUUUCCAAAUGAUACAAGUGGUCUUAUUUACACAAUGAUCUCAGUUGUUAUACAUGAAGCAAUCCCAAUAACCCUAAUGAUUCUUGCAAACGCUGCCACCUUAUUGUUUCUCUACAAGCACUACAGAAAAACGCAGGAUGUUGUGUUUAAUAAUAAUCUAAUCAGCACUGAGUGGAAAGCAGCCAAGACCAUCCUGUACCUGAUUUUGUUGUUCAUUUUUUGUUGGGGCACGCACGUGUUAUCAGUGAAUUAUUAUAAUUUUAUGGGCAGCCCCUCCACCCGCUACAUGCUGAUUAUCGCCAGGUUUUCAGCCUCAGGGUUUGUGGGCUUUUACCCACUGGUCGUGGCGACGGGCCACGGCAAAUUGAAAAGGAAAAUGGCCAACAUCCUGAGGUGUAAGUGGCUGAAGUCUCUCAAUCAGUGACGUGACCACUCUGCCAGCAAAAAGCCAAGAGUUUUACAGUUUA